GAAUUAUCUGCAGAGACAUGUCUCGCGGUUUUACAAGCUUGUGACAGCUGCUGGUGUGACCAUAACAGCUUGUUAACGAAAGUUUUGGCCUUUGUCAACGAAAACUUCAAUAAAGAGUUCUCUCCAUUUCUACCUCGUUGCGCUGCAGUGGCGUCUGCACUAGCGCGGAUCGGAAUCAAAGACGAAAAACUGGAAGCAAAACUUCAUGAUGCUUUGGACUUUUUCUUCGAUGUGGGAAGCAAAAGGAUCGAGAACAAUUCAGAUGGAAAUGCAAAGGAAGAUUAUGAGGCUAAAAGAACGUCGAGUAGAAACACAGAGACAACAACAACAACCACCGCCGCUAUCCUCGAUCUCCUCGCGAAUCUUGUAGAAUUGCGUGGUGGUUGUAGAGGUGCAAGCCAUUCGAUGUUGACGAGUAGGAUAUUGGACUUGCAGAUGAACACAAUCCUCGAAAGUCUGAAAAAGAAGUUCCAGAGUUCUUCACGGAAACUAUCACGAGUCGUGGCAGCACUCAUUCUAUUCUUGGAUUCCAGCUCUACGACCAAGGAGAAACUUCAUCUCUUCAAAAGAGAUCUCUUGCUAGACUACGUAUCGAAGGAGUUUAACCUAGGCCUGCCUGAUUUCGAGCACAGACAGCUAUGGCUGAUGAUGCUUGAGGUCUUUUCUACUUCAGAUAUGCGACCAC